UUGUAUUUAGUUUCCCCGUAGAGCAUACCGUGAAGGCAUACGUUUUGUAUAAAAGGGCCCACGAACUGCACAGAUUCAGCAGUUGGCUCAACAGCAGCUCUAAAGUCACCAUGAUCCGUGCCUGCGUCCUCUUGGCUCUUGCCACCAGCGCUUUCGCUGGCUACACCGGCUACGGCCUGGGCUACGGUCUGGGCUAUGGCGGUCUUGGUUACGGCUACGGUCUCGGCCACGCCUACGGUGGUCUUGGAUACGGCUACGGUCUCGGCCACGCCUACGGUGGUCUUGGAUACGGUUACGGUCUCGGCUACGCCGGCUAUGCUCCAGCUGUCCACACCGUCGCCCACGCUGCUCCAGCUGUCGCUACCGUUGCUCACGCCCCAGUCGCCACUUACGCUGCUGCUCCAGUUGUUGCCGCUGCUCCAGCCGUGACCAAGGUUGCUACCACCUACCACGCCCCAGCUGUCGCCACCGUGGCUCACGCUCCAGUUGCCGCUUACGCUGCUGCUCCAGCCGUCGCCACCUACGCCACUGCCGUCCACCACGCCCCAGCUGUGGCCACUGUGGCUCAUGCUGCCCCAGUUGUUGCCGGCUACCACGCCGCUCCAGUGUACAACUACGGUGUUGGCACUCUCGGCUAUGGUGUUGGCCACUACGGUUACGGUCACGGUCUCCUCGGCUAUGGCCUGAACUACGGCUACGGCCUUGGCUCUCCCUACCACUAUGGUGCCCUUCUCCGCAAGAAGAAGUCGCUUUCGCUGGCUACACCGGCUACGGUCCUGGGCUACGGUCUGGGCUAUGGCGGUCUUGGAUACGGCUACGGUCUCGGCCACGCCUACGGUGGUCUUGGAUAUGGCUACGGUCUCGGCCACGCCUACGGUGGUCUUGGAUACGGCUACGGUCUCGGCUAUGCCGGAUAUGCUCCAGCUGUGCACACCGUCGCCCAUGCUGCUCCAGCCGUCGCAACCGUUGCACACGCCCCAGUCGCCGCUUACGCUGCUGCUCCAGUUGUUGCCGCUGCUCCAGCCGUGACCAGGGUGGCCGCCUACCACGCCGCCCCGGCUGUUGCCACUUAUGCCGCUGCCCCAGCUGUCGCCACCUACGCCGCUGCUCCAGCCGUGACCAAGGUUGCUACCACCUACCACGCCCCAGCUGUCGCCACCGUAGCUCACGCUCCAGUGGCCGCUUACGCUGCUGCCCCAGCCGUCGCCUCCUACGCCACCGCCGUCCACCACGCCCCAGCUGUAGCCACUGUCGCUCAUGCUGCCCCAGUUGUUGCCGGCUACCACGCCGCUCCAGUGUACAACUACGGUGUUGGCACCCUCGGCUACGGUGUUGGCCACUACGGUUACGGUCACGGACUCCUCGGCUAUGGCCUGAACUACGGCUACGGCCUUGGCUCUCCCUACCACUAUGGUGCCCUUCUGCGCAAGAAGAAGUGUGAGUAUACAAUUGUUCUAUUUCGGAUGGUAGAAAAAUGUAGUGUAUGCAUUGAUAAUAAUUCCAUUACUUUGGUGAUGUCAGCGUCUUGUCGAUGCAAAAAAAAAUGCUUUGGUGGCGCUGAAAUUUAG